UACCCCUGGCACCGCUCGGCCGUGGAGGGGAGACUGCGCCUUACCCCCGGGCAGCCUCCAGCCCUGAGGCUCCCUGGAGGAAGCCUGAGUUCAGCCCGGGAAGAAAGGGCUCCGAGCACGUGUCGGGAGUCGGGGUCCCAGAAAGGAAGUCUCGGGACAGAUGGGCACCGGGCGAUUAUGAUUAUGUGGUGUGUGUGUGCCGGCAGUGAGGCUUUGGCUCGCCUUUUUCUCUAAGGGGCUGGCGCGCUACCACUGGGGCUGCACCCCCACUUCCGGCCUUUUGCCGAUGGUUAAUAGGAGGCUAGAGCCUCUGGGACUUUCCUUCCCGGGCUGGCUUCGAAUCCCGACGAGGGUAGCUAGGCAUGAGCCACCGGCGCCCAGCUGAAUGGGAGUGUUUUGGAGUACGUUGGCGGGCGCGGGGAGCGUUAACGCGCGCCUGCUGUGCGGGCCCUGGCGACCCAAAUAGCCCUUUGCGCCUGCCCGGAGGAAGCCGCGACCUGCGGGCAAGGCGGGGACCCUGAAGGUUCGAGCGGAGAGCUCACGCGCACAGCCUCCCCGGCUGCUCGGGAGGACGAGUCUAGGAGAGCCUUUUUGCGUAUCCGAGGGGCGAAGAACUCAGGUGGCUGCGUGGACAAAGCUCUCAAAGGCUUGUGUAUGUUUCAAUUUUCUGAACCUUGAAACUACGUUUACAAACUCUCCUAGUCUGUCCUGCUCUUCCAAAUGCAAGUGUCCUUGGAGGAUGUGGCUGUGAAUUUCACCCAGGAAGAGUGGGAAUGUUUGGAUACAGGUCAGAGGACCCUUUACGUGGAUGUUAUGACUGAAAUCUUGAAGAACCUGGAGUCUGUGGGAUUCAAGGAGGGAAAGGAGAAAGAAGGAGAGGAGGAGGAAGAGGAAGAAGAGGAAGAGGAAGAGGAGCAUCAAGAACCAGGUCAGGAUCUGAGCAAUGAGGGAACUAAUGAUAAGACAAUAUCCCUUGCUUCCAAGAAAGAAGGCCAUAUCCCAUUCUCUGCCCUAGAUCGGAUUAAAGAGAAGAAGACCCGAGUGGGCAAAUCCUCCAAAGUUGGACCACCUUUUUUGUGUCACAGCUGUGGCAGCUGUUUCAGCAAGCGCUCCCAAUUCUAUAGCCAUCAGUGUACUCACAGCCACAAGCGGGUUAACAGCUGUAACCAGUGUCGAAAGUUGUUGGGGAACCCCCAGGCCCUCAACCACCAUAGACGCCUGCAUCAUGCAGACAGGCCCUUCAGUUGUUCUCUCUGUGACAAGACCUACCGUGAUGCUUCUGGUCUGAGCCGGCACCGCCGUGUUCAUAUGGGUUACCGGCCCCAUUCGUGUCCUGUGUGUGGGAAGCGCUUCCGAGACCGGUCAGAGGUCAAACGCCAUCAAAAGAUACAUCGAAACAAGGAGCCAGUGGCUGGAAACCAGAAGCCUGUUGUAAAGACUCCAGUUUCCACAGCUGGAUUCCAGGCGCCUACAGUUAGGAGCCGACGGCGCAUCCGGGGGCUUGUGGACGUGAACCAGACUUCUGGCACCAGAACCCGGGCAUCCAGUGGUAGAGCCGUCUGCCUAGCUAGCAGAUCCAACUCUCCUCCAGCGAAGUGCUCAGGAGGCAAGGUCUUCUCUUGCCCUCAUUGUCGCUUGACUUUUAACAUGGAAGCCGAUCUCUCCAACCAUCAGAAGGUCCACUUUCCAGAGCAGAAAACCUACUGCUGUCCUGUCUGUGACCUCUGCUUUGAGGUGAAGGAGGACCUUCUGGAUCACUGGAACAGUUCUAAACUCAAGGACCUAGAACCUAGGCCACAAAACCUGGGUAGCCCUCCAAAAUGCUGGGUGGUCCUGGGUUACUGGCUGGGCUUCCUUUCCAAUCCCCCAUGGUCAGGAAGGACUAAAAGCAAGCAGGGAAUGGAUCUUCUAGGAUCUAUGGCCCCAGAGGAGGGGAAGCCACGGAGAAAAAAAAAAGUGGGAAAAGGAAGGAAAGCAAAAGAUAAGUGACGGUCUUGAUAUAUAAAU